AUGCGGUGCUCCAAAGAGGGCAUCCUCCCGGAGAACGCCGGGGACCCGCUCGGCUACAUCCCCAAGGGAUUGCGCAAAACCUGCAAGAUCGUGGACACCAGGAGUCCGGAAUACGAGGCACAGCACAAGCAGCAGGAGGCGGCAAAGGAGCAGAACCGGCAGCAGCAGGAGUUUCGAGACACGCUGCUGGCGGACAUGGACAAGUGGGCCCAGAAAAGCGCCGCAGACCGAUGGCAGGCGGACCUGCCCGACGGCACGGACAGGGCUGUGCGCAAGUACGACAAUGACUACUCCCGGUUCAAUGAGAUCCAGGAGGAGGCAGAGGCGCCCCAGAAGGACACGCGGGACUACUACUUUGAUGAGAAAGGGCAGAUGAAGAAGUUGGAGGAGCCCAAAACGAAGUCGUUGGCCGCGGAGUCGACGGAAUCUGCGCUGAAGAAGGGCUUCCUGGAGAAUGCGAAGAAGGCGCUGUACCCGGAAGAGCUGAAACAGCUCGGCAGCGAGGAGCUAAAGACGUCGGACCUGGAGACGCUGGCGAAACUCAGUGAGGGUGACCUCAUGGAGAGAAUGAAUCAGAUGUCACCAGAGGAGAAAUCUCUGAUGAACGAUUUGCAGUCGCUGCUGGAAGGCAAAGCUCAGGCAGCCCCUGCAGCCAGGCUGGACGAAAGGCGGAGCGCGGAGUACAGCCUGACUGCAGUGGAGGAAGGCCACCAGCUUCAGAUCCACGUGCCGGAGCUGGACUCCAUGCGGGGCGUGGACCUGGACGUGACGCAGGACUGCGCGGCGGUGGUCUUCCCCCACUCCCUGCAGCCUUUGAAGGUGUCGCUGCCUGUGGCGGUCGCGCCGUCGAAGGUGAAGGCGAAGUUCUCCAAGAAGACCCAUCACAUCAACGUCACGCUGCCAUCCGCCUGA